CAGUCGCUUCCGGUAGCCUCGGUCCUGCACUUGCGUUUGCGUCCCUCGCCUUCUCUGUCGCUUGGUGUUUACCGCUAUGCCUGAGCCGGCAAAGUCCGCUCCCGCGCCCAAAAAGGGCUCCAAGAAAGCGGUCACCAAAGCCCAGAAGAAGGAUGGCAAGAAGCGCAAGCGCAGCCGCAAAGAGAGCUAUUCCAUCUACGUGUACAAGGUGCUCAAGCAGGUGCACCCCGACACCGGCAUCUCGUCCAAGGCCAUGGGCAUCAUGAACUCGUUCGUCAACGACAUCUUCGAGCGCAUCGCCGGCGAGGCCUCCCGUCUGGCGCAUUACAACAAGCGCUCGACCAUCACGUCCCGGGAGAUCCAGACGGCCGUGCGCCUGCUGCUGCCGGGCGAGCUGGCCAAGCACGCCGUGUCCGAGGGCACCAAGGCCGUCACCAAGUACACCAGCUCCAAGUGAGUCUCUCUGCGGCCGCCCUUUAACCCAAAGGCUCUUUUCAGAGCCACCCAUCU